UUGUUUUGAAAGCGGAGACAUGUCGGUGUGCUCCUCCUUCUGUUCUGUCACCAUUUAUUAUUAACGAAAACCUCUCUGGCCGCUGUGUGAACUUCUCCUGGAAGGAGGCAGCUGCUCUCUGUCAGCUUCACUUCUCAGACAUCUUUUUUUCCCCUUUUCUUCAAUUAUGUGUCCCGUGCAGCUAAGGACUCUGGUUUUUGUGGCCUGGGUGCUGGGCUACGUGGCCUUCCUGCUCUCCAUCAGGAGGAUGUGGACAGGAAAGCACAUCCGCAGUCCGCUGGUCCGCUCGCUCUACAUGAGCAUGGUGGAGGGGGAGGCAGGAGCAGCUGACCCGCAGGAGUGGUAUAGGGUCUGUCCCGACCUGCUGGGAGAACCCGUUCGCCCGCUGUUUGUCCAGAGCCACCUGGACUCUGACACCAAGGCAUUUCUCAAGCGCAGUCAGGAGAAGUCUAGUUGGCUUUUCACACAACUUUAUCACUCUCUGAUAUCAAGCGUCCUCAGUCCUUUGGUUUCACGCACCUCCAUUAACGGGUUUCUGGGCCGGGGAUCCAUGUUUGUGUUUUCUGCCAACCAGUUCCAGCAGUUGCUACGGAUCGGGACGGACUGGAAGGCAGAGAGGCUCCUGGACCUUGGAGCCGGGGAUGGAGGAGUCACAGAGGUCAUGGGGGUCCACUUUAGGGAGGUCUAUGCAACUGAGGUCUCCCCACCAAUGAAGUGGCAUCUCCAGCGAAGGAAUUACACGCUGCUAGGUAUAGAUGAGUGGCAGCAUACUGGUUUCCAGUAUGAUGUGAUCAGCUGCCUGAACCUGCUGGAUCGCUGCGAUGAUCCGCUGCUUCUCCUGCGGGACAUCAGGAGCUCCUUGAUUCCCAAGACAGGAAGACUGGUUCUGGCUGCUGUGCUUCCUUUCCAGCCUUACAUUGAAGUCGGAGGGAAGUGGGAGCGUCCAAAAGAGCACCUUAAGAUCGCAGGAAAGACGUGGGAGGAGCAAGUGACAAAUCUUUGCAGCGAGGUUUUCCAGCGGGUCGGGUUCGAGCUGGAGGCUGUUACCCGACUGCCGUACCUCUGCGAAGGCGAUAUGUAUAACGACUAUUAUGUGCUGGACGAUGCCGUUUUUGUUCUCAAGGCAUCAGAGGAAGAUUCUCCUCAGGGAAAAUGAAACGCUGUGAAGGAAUAAACCUAAAUUUUUUUAUUUCUUAUGGAUUUUAGCGCAUUGCGUCGUUCUUACAGCCUCUGGCGUCUGACUGGUGGAGAUGGGGAGUCGGAGGUGAAGCUCAAGUGCUGCAGUUCAGACCUUCAGGAUCCUGAUACCUCAUCUAUUUAAGCAAUAAAGAAUAAAAAUGGGUGGCCGUCAUGACUACUGAAGAUUUUCUCCUCUAACAUAUCAUUGUGCUGUUAGUCUACAUCUGUAAAGUCGGGUACCAGUGUUUCCUUGUAAUAUUUAAAUGUUUACAUCAUUAAAAAAUGGUGGUGGGAAUUCAGUUGGAGACAUGUCUAAUUCAAUUUUUGUACAGGGUGGGUGUUUGUUGUGGAAUUAUUUACAUUUGCUGACUAUGGACAGUGAAAGUUCAGCAGAAAUAAAUGAGAACCUGCCGUAAUAUAAUGCCAAUUAAGGUGUCCUUUAAAGCGCUUCGGAUUUAUUCUUUAACCGAUAAAAAGUUCGCUUUUCUCUGUAUAUGUUGGUUUCAGGCGCAGUGAGAUCUAUAGCUGUGAUUGUCUCCACUUCCUUGGAUAUUUUGAGAUACUUUUUUAUCAGUUCAGAAACUUUUGUUCUUGCUGUUUUGGGUGCAUACCUCUGUAUUUUUCUAGUGAUUAUUUAGAUUAGACACUGUUCUUUUUAGAUGGUCAGAAUGUGCUUAUUGAUAACUGGAAAACGCUGCUUAUAGACAUAAAAGGCAAUCUGUUUUGGAAAGACUGCAAAAAGCUUCAGACACAGAACCUCCUAUCCUCUCUGUUACUCUGGCCGUCACUGUAUGGGUAGGAAACACUGAGAUAAGGAAAUACUUUUAGGUCCUUCCACUAACAUGCUUGGCCUAAUAAGGUAUUUCAUCCAGCUGAAUGGAUUUUGGAACUUACAGCUAAGAAAAAUCAUAGAUGCUUUCCUGUUAACAGCUUUUGAGAUGUUGCCAAACCACUAUUUGAAAAUGUGCCAUGAUAGUUGGAUUGUUUUAUUGAAUUAAAAUAAUAAAA